GUGACUUCAUUCAUUCAGCUGAAAGGAAAUGAGGGGUAAAACAGCACUACUAACAGCAGACAAGAAAAAUGGAGAUUGAGGACACAUCAAGUAGAGUAUCUAUUGCAUUUCCUCUUGGCUUAGCUCUUCUUGUUGCCUUGUUAUUGUUCUUUUGUUGCUUCUUUUGUUGCUGCUUGCACUGGGAAAAACUCCAACCUUUGUUUCCAUUUUGUAUGGUUAUCGUCGAUACUCAGCCUCAGACACAAGCAGACUUCACUCCCCCUCCUCACAAGCCAGGCUUUCCUGUCUUGAUGAUGCAGCAUAACCGAGGUGAGAGCUUGCCAGUGCUGAUGCCAGGAGAUGAGGUUCCAAAAUUCAUAGCACUAGCAUGCCCAUGUCAGCCUCCAACAAAUGAAAUGAUCACAAUCCAUGUGCAGAAGACAGCACCAAAUGAUUUUUGCGGCGGAGCUUAAGGGGUACAAAGUUACAAACUAAUUAAAGCCUUAAUUAAAAAUACGUACCAAGUUGCAAUUAGCAAACCCAUCUCAAUUCUCAAGUCCCUGAAUUGAAAGAAAUUUCAUCCAUAUAUACAACGUACAAACUCAAACAUCUGUGGAUAGCUUUGUCCUGAGAGAGAUGAUCAACAAAAACCUCGCGGGGUUGAAGUGCUAGUGAUUGGGAAAUUAAUUAAAGCUGUGCAUCAUCUCUUGAUAACUUUCAUUUUUUAUGUUCCUGCAGACACCACUAAUAUGUACAACAUAGUGGUGUUUUUUUUUCCCUUAAGUUUGAAUUCGCUCAAUUGGAUUCGGAUCACUGUAUGCUAAAAUAAAGCUUGCUGCAUUUCGGAAUACCAUUUUUCGGGGAAAAAAUGAGACAGACAGAGAAAAGAAAAAAUACAAUACGGCGAAAGUAAUGUUAGAGACAGACAAAAGGAGUUGCAAGACAUCAUUAUUAUUGUGCAUAAUAACAAGUUUUCUUUUUGGUGCAGUGCAUAAUAACAAGUUAGUAAUAAUCACUACAUGUUUUCUUUUUCA